AGCGGCCAGCUCAUCUCUAUCCCAAAUGCCAAUGAGUCCAAACAACAACAAUUUGGCCCCCGCGAACUGCAAAAAACAAAACAUCGAAUCAGAAACGAAAACGAAUAGACCCCGUGUCAAAGAGCAACCGCCAAAGAGAGCACCACCAACCGAAGUCAACCAAAGAGGCCAAAAUCAGACCACCCAUGUUCCCAGUGCAUCCGCUUCUUCCGCUGCUGCUGCUCCUCCUAUUCUGCGCCGAAAAAAGCCACCAGAUCAAUGUCGACUGCAACGAACUGCAGAUGAUGGGUCAGUUCAUGUGCCCUGAUCCGGCGAGGGGUCAAAUCGAUCCAAAGACCCAGCAGCUGGCCGGAUGUACCAAGGAGGGCCGCGCCCGCGUCUGGUGCAUCGCCGCCAAUGAGAUAAACUGCACGGAGACGGGCAACGCCACCUUUACUCGCGAAGUGCCCUGCAAGUGGACUAACGGCUAUCACCUGGACACCACGCUGCUGCUCUCCGUCUUCCUGGGCAUGUUCGGGGUGGAUAGGUUCUACCUGGGCUAUCCAGGCAUUGGGCUCCUCAAGUUCUGCACCCUCGGUGGCAUGUUUCUGGGCCAGCUAAUCGACAUUGUGUUGAUAGCCCUGCAGGUCGUUGGUCCUGCCGAUGGCUCUGCCUAUGUGAUACCCUACUACGGGGCCGGAAUCCACAUCGUGCGCAGCGAUAACACCACCUACCGACUGCCCAGGGACGACUGGUGAUGGUUAAGGCGGCACAGCGCCUGGUGUACAGUAGAUCACGUUAAGUCCUUGUUAUACCUUAAGUACGGCUUAUGACACUAACAAUAAGCAACGACUGCGGAACUACGAUUCGAUUCCGUUCGGAUCGAGACUCUGAUUAGUGCAUUACGUACCCUAGUUGAUAAGUGUAAAGAUUGUUGCCACCCCUCCUUUGCGUAGCCUAAGUUGCAUUGUUUAGUCUUAGUUACCACUGUACAUGGUCCCGCAUACAACUCUACAUCUGUGUAAAAUUGUAUAGGCCGCAUAGACAAAUUGUUUGCCAAUAUAACUAACGAUUUUAAUCA